AGUGCAAAUAAAAGAAAUGACAUCAACUGAUACAUCGAUUCGUAAAAUUGCAAUAAAAAAGGAUAACUACUUCCCCAUAUUAUAUCAUUUAAAUGCUAUUGUGCCCCUCCCAGAUGUCGUGAAAGACAUUUGUGCCAAAUGGCAGUUGGGUAAACCAGAACAGUAUGCCUUACAAUAUGCUGACACAAAGAUAUACAUCACAGAGGAGAACCGACAAGACAUACAUGAUGGCCAUAUUUUAACAAUUACGUUUACUGCUGAACUUGCAGCAUCAAAAUUCCUAUCUGACAUUGAACAGCCAGACUUUCAGAUCAAACGCAAAGCACUUGAUCAAUUAGCUGGUGUUGACGGUGCUGGUCAGGCAGAUGAUCCACUCUUUGCACGGAAAUUUGUUGAUAGGAAUGGUAUAAAUGCUCUAGUUCGGAUUAUUGAAAGCAAUGCUGAGACUGCAGAUGUUGUAGCUCAAGCAAUGGCAGCUAUACAAGAUCUUCUAGAGCAUGGAUUUGUGACUUGGGACCAUAGUGUAAAUCAAAAAUUUGUAGAAAAGGUACUCUUGUAUGCUAAUAAAACUGAUCACGCUGACCCAAAAGUGGUUCAGAAAGCGUUGGCAUUGCUUGACAAUAUUGUUACUGUCAGCUCAACUUUGUUUAUAUUGGUAAUGAAUAAAGUUGGCUUAGACAAUAUCAUCCAGCAUUUAAAAAGCUCUGACCAAAAGUUGCAGUUAAGUGCAGUGGCAUUGAUAAACAGUAUUUUGAUACGAAUGGAAUAUGAAAAUAGAAAGAAGUUUUCAAAUGACUUGGUUAACAGGGGAUAUAACAGUGCGUUGCAAAGGAUUGUAUCACACUCCUUUGCACAAGCUGUUCCAUUACCAAGUGAGAUGAACCAUCAGUUGUAUGUAUAUCAAGCCUUGGUUUUAAGUAUGCUAGAACCAAGAAUGAACUCCAAGCCAGAUUUUAGUGAUCAGAGACUACUGACUGAUUUAAAUGACAUAUACAACAUUGCUUUCGAGUCUGUACCCACAAAAGGAUCUGGGAAGCCAGAUUAUAGAAGACUCGGAUUUGUGAGUGGUGGAGCACCUCUUAUUGAUUUUGAAGAAUGUCCCCCAGGCAUACUAGCACAUGAUGUUAUGAUGUAUUUUGCAAAGAAGCAUCAAGAUCAGUAUGUAAAGAUCAUUCUUGAAAGUUUUGGUCGGGAUGAAGAAUAUGAAUGCCCGUUUGCUAAGUGCACAAAACAGCUUACGAAAAUGUUGUGUGAUGUUCUUUUGGUGGGAUCAACAAUAUCAGAUACAAGUGAAGACUAUCAACCAAUGUUUUUUGCAACACCCAAUCUAUUUCACGAGCUGUUUAGUGUUGCAAUUCAGUUGCUAAACAAAACCUGGAAGGAAAUGAGAGCAACUUCACAAGAUUUUUCUAGGGUUAUUGGUGUUGUGAAGGACCAAAUCAAAAGAGUUUUGAAUGAGAAACCUGAAAGUGUAGAAAAGUUCAAGGCAAAAGCAUUUGGCUUGACAUAUCAACAAAUAUUACGGCUCAUGCAACAGGAAGCACAAGAAAGAAAUAUUUUAGACUCGCAAACAAAACCAGUACUGGAAUUAAGGGAACAGAUCGAGCCAGAAAUUCGAGAGUUGGUUCGUCAACAAAGAUUAGCACAACUUGUUGAAGGAUAUUUUUUUAGUCUCUUUUCAUCACGAGGGAGACAAAGACAAGAAAAGUACUGGUUCUGUUGUUUAUCACCCAAUCAUCGUUUUCUACACCAUGGUGAAGUUGCAACUAAAGAUGUGAUACCAAACAUCGAGUCACUGCCAAACAAAUUACCCUUGUCGGAUGUGACAAAGCUCGAAAUAGGAAAAGAUUGUCCGCAUGUUAGAACCUUAAGAAAGGGUCAUGUACAAUUGGCGUUCUCAAUCAUGCAUGGCCAAGAAGAACAUUUGGACUUUGUAGCACCAACUCAACAAAUUCUGUCUGUUUGGACGGAUGCAUUAUCUUCACUUCUUGGUAAAGAGAUGACGUCACAAGAAUUUCAUGAAGAUUUAGAUAUGUUGCUCAACAUGGAAAUGAAGUUAUUAUUGCUCGAUUUAGAAGAUGUUCGGAUACCGGAAAAUCCUCCCGCAAUACCUCGUGAGCCGGAAAAUUAUAAUUUCUACUACAAAGAUGAUUAGAAACGAUAACUAACUAGUUUUGAAUAUUUUACCAUAUAAAAACAACGUUUGCGGUUGCAACACACUGACACUUGGUCACUUCAAAUUACCUGGACGUUUAACUUUUUGUGACGUUUUUACUCGUCACCAGCAAUGAUUUGCGCAGAGGAAACUCACGCAGCGUCCUCAAAAGACAUUUAAAUUUCAACACUUUUUUUUCACAAGUAUUUUCUACAUUGUGAUAAAGAAAGCUACUUUUUUUUAUAAGUCUGAAUAUAAAUUUUUGUAAUAUUUUUUUCCAAAGGAUAACAGCAACAUUGUGUAAAAAUAAGAAUUGUAUAAACCUAUUGUUUUUAGUGCUUUGAAAUUUAUAAAAUAUUUUUUGUUGACAGUUGCAACUCUGUACUUGUACAUACACACCUCAAAAUACAUAAAUUGUAAAAAUUC